GUGUGGAGUGGGGUUUGGAGGGCGGCGCUUUGCAGAUGGAGAAAAGUGUAACCCUAAAGGAAAUUGUGUAAGGCAGUAAAAAACAAUGAGCCUCACUCACUUAGUUCCAGCGACACGAGAGAGGUAUGCGUGUGAUUAGUUUUUAAGUAUAGCUAGGCUUAAAGUCAGUGCGUGGCACUGGGGCUACUCUUAGCGGUGUUCUGUUGGCGCCAUGGCUGCUCAGUGCGACUCAUUUACCGGAUACCUGCAACAAUCGGACCCGGGCUCCAACAGCGAGCGUAGCACCGACUCCCCUCUACCCGUAUCUGAGGAUGACUCCAGUGGACCACCCGCCCCGCCAGACCCGGAGUGGACAGAGGAGAGAUUUCGUGUGGAUCGUAAGAAGCUGGAAGUGAUGUUAUUAGCUGCCACAGAAGGGAGAGUCAAUGGAGGGGAGGAUUUCUUUCAGAAGGUUAUGGAGGAAACAAAGACUCAGAUCGCAUGGCCUUCAAAACUGAAGAUAGGCGCCAAGUCCAAGAAAGAUCCUCACAUCAAAGUGAGCGGCAAAAAGGACAACGUCAAGGAGGCCAAAGAGAAGAUCAUGUCCGUCCUCGACACGAAAAGCAACCGCGUGACCCUGAAGAUGGACGUGUCGCACACGGAGCACUCCCACGUCAUCGGGAAAGGGGGCAACAACAUCAAGAAGGUCAUGGAGGACACCGGCUGUCACAUCCACUUCCCCGACUCCAACCGCAACAACCAGGUUGAAAAAAGCAACCAGGUGUCAAUUGCAGGCCAGCCGGCAGGUGUGGAAGCAGCCAGAGCCAGAAUCAGGGAGCUGCUCCCGUUGGUCCUGGUGUUUGAGCUGCCGGUGAUGGUCCAGAUCAACCCAGACCCCAGCUCCCCUGCCAUCCAGCACAUAUCCCAGACCUACAACAUCUCCGUGUCCUUCAAGCAGCGCUCCAGGCUGUACGGCGCGACGGGUGUGGUCAGGGGCUCGCAGAACAACGCAUCUGCCGUCAAGAGGGGCACGGCCGUCCUUCUGGAACACCUGGCGGGCAGCCUGGCCAGCGCCAUCUCAGUCAGCACCCAGCUGGACAUCGCGCCACAGCACCACCUCUUCAUGAUGGGCCGGAACGGCAGCAACAUCAAGCACAUCAUGCAGAGGACUGGCGCCCAGAUCCACUUCCCCGACCCCAACAACCCGCAGAAGAAGUCCACCGUCUACCUCCAGGGCACCAUCGACUCCGUCUGCCUGGCACGGCAGUAUCUCAUGGGCUGCCUCCCCCUGGUGCUGAUGUUUGACAUUAAAGAGGACGUGGAGGUGGAGCCGCAGUGCAUCACAUCUCUGAUGGAGCAGCUGGAUGUUUUCAUCAGCAUCAAGCCAAAGCCCAGGCAGCCCAGCAAGUCUGUGAUAGUGAAGAGCGUGGAGAGGAAUGCCUUGAACAUGUACGAGGCCAGGAAAUUCCUCCUGGGCCUGGAGAACAGCGGGGUGUCCGCGCCCUUGAGCAGCAGCAGCAGCAGCAGCCCUCCCACCGUCAUGUGCCCUGUGGGCCUGGACAUCCUGACCUCAGCUGGCCUGGGGCUCACCGGCCUGGGCCUCCUGGGUCCCACAGCUGCUUCCAUGACCAGCUCCUCGGCCCCCAACUCCCUCCUGAACGCCCUGAACAGCUCUGUGAGCCCCCUGCAGCCCUCCGGCUCCAGCACCCCCAGCCCCACCCUGUGGUCCAGCUCUCUCGCCAGCCCGUCCAGCACUCCGGGAUUCUCAUCACCGCUGAUGAUCCACCCAGCCACACAGGCCACCCUGACCAGCAUCCUGUUAUCAGGGGUCCAGGGGUACACCCAGAGCACCCCUUCCCCGCCUCCAGGACUGGCCCCCAUAGACACCCAGGUCAACGGAGUCCCCGACUGCAGCAAAACAGUCUCCCCUGUCAAGCAUCCCAGCUCAGUCUACGGCAGGAUGUCCGCGGCGUCAUUGGCCGACAAAGUACUGAACCCCAACCACAGCGACGCCGUGCAGGAGGCCAGCGGUCACUGUCCCUCUGAGCCACUGUCCAGCAAGUCCAGCCCAGACGAAGGUUCCAAUGACGCCUUUGUGGAGGUGGGCAUGCCAAGAAGUCCCUCUCACUCGGCGAACAGCAACGAGCUGAAGCAAAUGUUGGCCUCGUGCAAGACGUCUGCCGGAAAACGACAAGCAGUGGAGCUGCUUCAGGGCACCAAAAACUCCCACCUGCAUUCAGACUGCCUGCUCUCCGACUCUGAUUCGAGCGCGUCCGAGAGCCCCGUGGCAGACAAGAGGGCCCCAGGCAGCGAGCGGGCGGCGGAGAGGGCAGCCCAGCAGAAUUCGGAGAGGAUCCGUCUGGCCCCACAGUCCUCCUUCCCCAGCAUGCAGGCAUUUGACUAUGAACAGAAAAAGCUGCUGGCAACCAAAGCCAUGUUGAAGAAGCCCGUGGUGACAGAGGUGCGGACCCCCACCAACACAUGGAGCGGCCUGGGCUUCUCCAAGUCCAUGCCAGCUGAGACCAUCAAGGAGCUUCGCCGGGCAAACCAUGUGUCCUACAAGCCCACCAUGUCCACCACCUAUGAGGGCUCCACUCUGUCCCUGUCUCGGUCCAACAGUCGGGAGGGCGUGGGGAGUGGCAGCGACUCGGACAACUGGAGGGAGAGGAACGGAAAUGGGCUUCCUGGGCACUCCGAAUUCCCCACCGCCAUCAGUCCCAAGAGGAAGCAGAACAAAUCAGUGGAGCACUACCUGAGCAGCAGCAACUACGUGGACUGCAUUUCCUCGAUGACGGGCAGCAAUGGGUGCAACCUCAACACGUCCUUCAAAGGGUCUGACCUUCCGGAGCUCUUCAGCAAGCUGGGGCUGGGAAAGUACACAGACGUCUUUCAGCAGCAAGAGAUUGACCUUCAGACGUUCCUCACGCUGACAGACCAGGAUCUGAAAGAGCUUGGCAUUACCACAUUUGGCGCUCGCAGGAAAAUGUUGCUGGCCAUCUCAGAAUUAAAUAAGAACAGGAGGAAACUCUUCGAGCCCCCCAACAUCCGCUCAUCCUUUCUGGAAGGGGGUGCCAGCGGCCGUCUGCCCCGGCAGUUCCACUCGGACAUCGCCAGCGUGAGUGGCCGGUGGUAGACCUUUUUGGGGGUCCCUGUGGGGGGGCCGGGUCGUGUCUGGCGGCUCCGAUGGGGGCCCCUGUGCCUGCCUCUACCCUGUGGACGGCCCCUGCUAGCCGGAGCCACUCGCACUCCGAAAACGGGAGGACGUGGACCAAAGCUUGCCUUCUGCUUACGUGCCAAAAAAAUGAUAAUAAUGUUCCGAAGAAAAAGAAGACAAGCUAUUGAGUCUAAUAUUUGUAAGCACCAAACAUGGUACUCCAUUUGUAUACGUAGCAGUGAAGGACCUAUGGAUGAAGGGAAAUUCUGUUAUUAUGAAGAAACAGUAUAUAACUCAUGCACUGACAUGUGUUUGAAGGAAUAGGCAGAAUGCUUAGUUUAAAAAAAAGAUCUUUUGAUACUAUUUAAACGCAAUCUUAGUUUGUUGUAUCAAUCCUGUGCACUUUAAGAAUACUAGAUACCUAUGCCUGUGGAUUCAUACUCCUCCGGUCUGCAUACCUAUGUCAAUGUAUACUAUAGCACUUAUUUGGGUACCAAGCCAAAUGUAAGCACAUUGUGUAGUGGCAGAUAAUGACAAUAAGUAUAGCAAAGUCCCAGCAUCAUCAAACGAGUAUGGAUGUGAGUGGGGUGAUUUUUUUUUUUUUUUUUCUGUUUGUUUUUUUGUUUCAAUGAAUUGACCCAAAUACUGGUCAUUGUUACUCACUCUCAU